UCCGAUCUCAGUUGAUAUCCGACGCCGGCGACGCUCUGAUGACGUCCAAAACGCGCUUCUUGCACUCGAAACGACUCAAAUAAUGACAAGUGCGCGAGUGAUUUUCAACUAAAAGCGGAAUCUUUGAGGCAAAUACUCGAAAAGUGUUGUGUGUGCACUUGUGACCAUGUGGUGGGUUUACUUGCAAGGAUUGAUCGUUGUGGUGGCUGCGGGACGAGAGAGCUAUGAAAGAAUAGGUUAUUUCUGGCACAUCACGGACAUCCAUUAUUACGCUCAUCACAGCGACGCCAAGAAAGGCUGCUGGCGGGCGGAUUACGACGGAGGAUCCAAUGCCAGGAACCAGAGGAGGUCCAUGGGGCAGUAUGGGGACUACAGUUGUGAUGCACCAUGGGAGCUGAUCGAGUCAGCGGCAAAAACCAUGAUGUCGAGGCAAAACGACAACGUUGAGUUCGUUUUAUGGACAGGGGACGCUCUCUCGCACAACGCCCGAAAGUUGCACGAAAACGUCAAGCUGCAGCUCCUCCAGAACCUCACCGACCUGCUGCGGAAGACCUUCAGCUCCCAGUUCGUGUUCCCCGCCCUCGGGCACGACGACCCCAUGGCCAAGAAGGAGCUGGGCAGGAUGUGGAGUCGCUGGCUGCCCACCGACUCCAUGCACACCUUCGCCAAAGGAGGAUAUUACAUGAUAGAGCGGAAAACGCUCAAGCUGCAAAUAGUCGUCCUAAACACAAACCUAAUGAAGAAAAGCGACAACGACGACGAGGCUGCAGAACAGUGGAAAUGGCUCCACACAGUCCUGGAGAAAUUUCAGCGAAACGGAGAAACGGUCUACCUCGUCGGCCACAUGCCUCCGGGCUCUGACGAACGUCAAAGGGGCUUUUCGCCGGCACAUUCGGUCUACACAGAUUACCACAACAAGAAGUAUCUCGAAUUGGUGCGAAAAUACGCCGACAUAAUCGUCGGUCAAUUCUUCGGCCACCUCCAUUCCGACACUUUCCGCGUCAUUUACGGCACGAGCGGUCGCCCUGUGUCAUGGGCCCUUCUAGCGCCCUCCAUAACCCCGAAAAGGACCACAGACGGCGCCAACAACCCCGGCUUGAGGAUAUAUAAAUUCGACAAAGACACCGGCCAGGUGCUAGACUACACCCAAUACUAUCUGGACCUGUCUCGCGCUAAUUCAAAUUCCAAGGGAGAAGCCGAAUGGACGGUCGAAUACAACUUCAGCUCCUACUACGGCAUCACGGAAAUAACCCCCAACUCGCUGCACCAGCUGGCCGACAAACUGACGUCGGUCAACCACAACACCUUCUUCGACAGGUACUACACCGCCAACGCGGUCAGGAUGUACAGCAACCCCCAGACGGGCUGCGACGCCAACUGCGCCCACACCCACUACUGUGCUAUAACACGGGUCGAUUACCAAGAAUUCGCGAACUGUCUCAAAACGGCGGCCAGUGCUCUGGCCUCCUCCUCGUCGCUAAUUCGAGCGCCGAACUUCGGACUGUGCGGACUCGUUUUCGUGAUCAGUAAAGUGUGAUAGUCCUUUUGAGUGAUCUGGUAGGAAAUUGCUCACUUGUUAUGACUUAACGUUGAACUGGACUCAAAAUUGACGUCUGCGCUUAAAACGAAGCUGUUCAAACAAGUGUUUAAAUAAAAAUAAUAAUUUGAAAAAUAGUAGGGUACUGCGGGAUAAGUUCGGGCAUGGGGCACGUGUAACUUCAACAAGUGGCAUUGUUCGAUGGAUACAUUUAUUUUAUGCAAAAAAUGUGUUUGUACAAAGCCUACUAACUUAGCUGAGAUUUCAGUUACAUUUCGACUUUAUGGUGACAUCAUUAAAAAUACCUAGUUUAUAUUAACUAGUAUGUUAUGCAAAGAUUCUCGAAUUAUCACAUCAAAUAUAUUUUAUGGCAAGUUGUGUUUGAAGAAGCUCUUUAGAGCAAGUUCAAAGUGUCUAGUUUAAAGUAAACAAUUUAACGACUUUACGCCUUAUCAAAUACAGGGUGUUUGACACAACUUUACGUGGCAUGUGCCUAAUGUACGCACGCAAAUAUACAAAAGGCACAAAACACUAGAUACAAAAAGUUUACAUUUAAUUAUUUAAUUUUUGGAAACCUAUGAGAGUUGCAUUAAUAGUGAUAAAACAACCAUACCUAACUCAUUUUUUUUUAAUAAAAUGCCACUAUUUUUAUUUCACGAAAUGGUUAUAAGUCCUAAAUACUGUUUCUGUUUAUUAUUAUCUUAUUUAUUACUAUUACAUGACUUUAAAAAUUUAAAUCUUCUGGCAUAGGUUGGCCCGGAAAGUAAAAUAUAAGAAAUCAAAGUUUUUCAAACUAAAAUUCAAUGUAUUUUCUAAUAAUUAUAAUUAUUAAUUAUCAUAAUUUUUAUUUAAUUAUUUUUAUUUAUAUAAUUCAUGUAUUUGUCAUUAUAGAACGAAUUGAAACUGAAAAAAAAACAAAUCGUGCUAAAACUUCUGAAAAAAACAAUACAGACUGCAGAAGAAAUCGUUAAGACAAGCGAUGAAACAUUUAAAUAUAAAAAAGUCAACACUGUUAAAAACAUUUAUUUUAAAUUAAACGUCCGAACGUGCCCCGCACUUCCCUAAUUAUUUACAAUUCGAUGUUUGCCAUUAAUUAAACUAUUUAUGAAAUAAUCAGUUAUUAAAUUUUAAAUACCGGUAACUAGUUGAAAAAUUUUAAAAAAUUGCAAAAUUGCAAAUUGCAAAAAUAUAUCGCAACUUUAUUGUGAUUGAUUGAAAACUAUAAAUAAUUCUUAAUCUUUACAGUGUCCUAAGAAAAAAUAAUAAAUAAAAAAUCA